AAAACAAGAAAACUCCUUUAAGUCAACAAAACAGAAAGAGGAAAAAAAAUGUAUUUUUGAAGAACCUCCUUUACCAUCAUUACCAUUGUGGGAGCCACCAAAGCUUAGUGAUUCCGAUUUAAAAUUUUUGUCCGUCUCUGCCUUAAUGGAUCAGAUAGAUGAUUUGCCAGUUACACAGAUAAUGUUUCCAUCAGAAAUGAAAUCUGUUUCACAAGUUCAACCGUUACUGCAUUCAUCUUCUUCCUUUUCUUUACCAUCUCAAAAAACUGGGAUACCCCAAAUAAAUAACUUUAUUCGGAAAGCAAAUGUUGAACCCAAUACUAUUGAAGGGAUUCAAUUUAUAGUGAACUCCAUGUACAGAAAACUCUGUGGGUUGGAAACAGAAAUGCGUUCCAUGCGUUCAAUUUUAGACACUAAUCAUGGUAAUAAAGAAAAUAUUAAUAUAGAUUAUUUACCAGCUAAUUCAGUUGAAGAGUUUGACACUCUAGAAAAUAAAAUAAUUAACUCUAAUGAUAAAGAUAUCAUUUGCAGAAAGUUAAAGCAAAUUGGUGGGAGAAAUGUAAGUGACUUUUUAAAAAAUGCUUUAAAAACUUGUUUAACAGACAAUGUUGUUUAACAUUUAAUGGAGAGAAUAGAAAAGAUAAAUUCAAAGUACAUUUU